UAGAGAUAGAUAACCCCAUUGUAACCCCUGAUUUGUUUGUAGAUGAAGUAAAUUCUUCAUAAUUAAUCUGAUCAAAAAAAAUGUAUUUGAAUUUAUUUCUAUUUUUUUUAACCUUAUACAUUAGUGUGGCUGAUAAAUAUAGCCCUGAUUUAACAGACAAUGAAUUUGCAGAAUUUGAAGAUUUUGAAGUGGAGGAUGACAUACCUCUUAAUGAUAUAUCAGAAAAAUCAAGAGAUGAAAGUAAAGAAGCUACUCUAGUAAUAGAUGAUCAAGACAUAAUAAUCGAUGAUGAUGAUUCAGAAUUUGAACAUUUUCAAGAUAAUGAAGAAUUUGAAGGUUUUGAAAUUAAAGAUGAAAAACCUAUAGCGGAACCAAAAAUAACUAUAGCUAAAAUACCUAUUAACUUUAGGCAAAACUGGGAUAGUUAUUAUUUAGAAAUAUUAAUGAUAUUGGGUCUUGUAGUAUAUUUUAUAAAUUUUGCUACUGGUAAAAGUAAAAAUACAAAAAUUGCUAAUACAUGGUUUCAAACACAUAGGCAAUUGUUAGAAGAAAAUUUUUCUUUGGUUGGAGAUGACAAUUCAUUAGAUAAUAAUGAAAAUGUACAUUUAAUUAAAGAGAGUGAAAAUAUUUUUACUCUUUGGUGUAGUGGAAGAACUUGCUGUGAGGGUAUGCUUGUAGAGCUGAAAUUGUUAAAGAGACAAGACUUGGUAGCAAUUAUAUCUGGAAUGAUGCGACCAGUUUUGGACCAAAUUCAUAUAACUGUGAGGAUGAAUAAAGAAGAUAUGGACAGUUUCGUGUUUUGUAUAGCAUCAAAGAAGACGGCUCAACAUCUUUCUAAAGAAAUGGCAGACUUAAGUGUAUUUUGUCCAGAACGUAAAUCUGGAGAUAAAUUCAACAUAAAUGCAGGAUUUAAUGUAAUGAGUGAAAUUGCUGAAGCUGCUUCUGCUAUGUUAGACUCCAAAGUAAUAGCCGUUCUGAACAAAUUUCAAGAAUAUGUUGAUUACAUUCACUUUUCUGAUCAAUUUUCUGGGCUCAAACAAACAGAAGACAGUGGAACUCUAAAACUUCCAGAGACUGAAAAGGUACUAAUGUUUGGAUUUAAUAUACUAUUAAAAGGAAUGACAUUGGAGGAGUCCAUGAUAAAAUUGCAACCAUUAAUGAAUAUGGUUUUCUAUUGUAUGGAUAAAGUAAAACGCUUUAGGUUAUCAAAAGAAGGAAAGACAAAGGCUGAUAAAAAUCGACAGAGGGUGGAAGAAGCAUUUUUAAAAUCAACACAUCAGGCUAGGGCUGAAGCUGCUGCAGCUAGACGUGAAGAAAAGAGACGUCAGGAGAAGGAAAAAGUAAUGGCUGAUGAAGAUCCAGAACGGCAAAGACGAUGGGAAUUGAAAGAAGAAAAACGUCAAGCCAAAAAACGUGCUCCAAAAAUGAAACAACUGAAAGUGAAGGCAUUGUAAUCUGUAAUUAUGUUUUGAAUCAUUAGAAUUUUACAUCUUAAAAAAAUUCAUUUCACUACAAAAUGUAAUUAUUUGGAGUCAGUUUAUGAAUCUUUCGUUAAUAAAAGAAUUUGCAAAUAUUAAAUAUAAGAAUAUGUAUUUAAGAUAUCUGUAACUUUGUCAAAAAAUUGAAAGUAAAUAUGAAUAUAUCAUGUUUUGCAA